GCAAAGUACGGUAGCUUUUCCCAUCCACGUCACACUUCACGCUGUCACGUCGCGAUCUGCUCUCUCUUCCCACUGCAGUGCUGCCGCGUGAGCGUGACCGCGUCGUCGUCCACGGCGAGCUCGACACCAUGGCCGCCGCCACGGAGCAGCCGCAGCAGAUCACCGAGAUCGAGCACGCCCACCUCCCCGUGCGUGGGCUCAGCCUCCACGUCGCGCAGGCGGGCAAAGGGGAGCUCGGGACGGUGGUGUUCCUGCACGGGUUCCCGGAGAUAUGGUACUCGUGGCGCCACCAGAUGCUCGCCGUCGCCGCCGCCGGGUACCGCGCCGUCGCGCCCGACUGGCGCGGGUACGGGCUCUCCGACCAGCCGCCGGAGCCGGAGGCGGCGGAGUACGACGACCUCAUCGAGGAUCUCCUCGCCAUCCUCGACGCCCUCGCCGUGCCCAAGGCAUUCCUUGUUGCAAAGGAUUUUGGGGCCUUGGUAGCUUAUGAUUUUGCUCUGUGUCACCCAAACCGCACAUGUGGUGUGAUGGGUUUGGGCAUCCCUUUCGGUAACGAUGCUUCAUCCAUUAACACCUUGCCAGAAGGACUCUACAUUUUUCGUUGGGCGCAACCAGGAAGAGCGGAGGCUGACUUUGGCAGGUAUAAUAUUAAGAGAGUUGUGCGCACUAUCUAUAUUCUCUUUUCUAAGAGCGAGAUCCCCAUGGCUAAGGAAGAUCAAGAGAUCAUGGAUCUUGCAGACUUGUCAACACCCCUUCCUGAGUGGUUUACUGAGGAGGAUCUUGAUGUAUACUCAUCUCUCUAUGAGAAAUCCGGUUUUCGAUAUCCACUACAGAUGCCAUAUAGGUCUCUCCAUAAGAGGAAACCAAUUGGAGAUGCAAAAUUCCAAGUCCCAGUGUUUGUUGUCAUGGGGGAGAAAGAUUAUGUCUACAAGUUCCCUGGCGUCGAGUCUGCUAUCAAAGACGGCACUAUGGAGAGGCAUGCACCAGACAUGAAGAUCACCUAUAUCCCUGAAGGGAGCCAUUUUGUGCAGGAGCAAUUCCCUGACUAUGUGAAUGAGCUCCUUCUUGCAUUCUUGAAAGAUCAUCCCGUGGAUAAAUAGAUGUUAUUGUAGACUCAAUUGUGCUUCACCCGUAGUACAAGUUGGCGAUGGAAACAUUGUGCUAUAUCAUGAUAUGAAUUGUCAACAAAUAAAGGAUAUAUUAUGGAUGGUUUGUUACUUUCAGUAAUGCAUGUUUGAGCUUGUGUUGCGUUUAGUUUCUCC